GAGCUAAAGUGAACUUUAGUUAGGUAUACUGAUCAUCAUCAAAAUUUUCUUAUCUUAUCUGUACUCUCUGCCUUCAACUUCUCUCCAGUCUUUGCAGAUGUCUGCCUCAACACCAAAAAUGAGUUCAACACUAGUGCAUUUUAGCCACCCAAAACACUCCCUUGUACUAAAAGAUUUUGAUGUUGUUGGAGAUGAUGCUACAUGCCAUGUUUGUGACACAAGUGUUAUAGGCUCUCCAACAUAUACUUGUAGUGAUGAUAAUACUAAGUGUGAAGGUUUCUAUCUCCACAAGACUUGUGCAGAAUUAAGCACUCCAAUUACUUUCUAUAAGCACAACCAGCACCCCUUGAUCCUCUGUCCGGUUAAAGGGUCUUGUGAUGUUUGUUAUAAUCGUGUUGAGAAAUUCGCUUAUUUAUGUUCUGAUGAUUGUGAAUUUGUUGUGUGUGUGUUUUGCGCUUUUCAACAGAGAGCACUUGAUCAUCCAGGUCAUGAGCAGCACACGCUAACAUUGGUGCCCAGGGAAUCGUUAUUUGCUUGUGAUGCUUGUUCGGAAGAAGCUAAAGACUCUUCGUAUAUAUGCACCACUUGUGACUUUUGGAUUCACAAAAAAUGUGCUCUUUCGCCUUUAACAAUCCCCAAUCCUUCUUACCACCAUCAUCCUCUUGAUCUUAUCUACUCCAUUCCUAAAAUGCAUCGCUAUUUCACACGAUAUUGCAAUAUAUGUCACAAACGGGUUAUGAGAGAAGCCUGGCUGUAUUAUUGUCAUAAAUGUACAUAUUUCGUGCAUGUGAAAUGUGCUACAUCCUCACAUUCAUCACCUUCUGAAAAUGAGAAUGAAGAAGAGGGCACUCCUAAUGAACCAGAUUUAGUAGAGUUUCCUCUGCCUACCGAAGAAUUGCUAUUUGAUCUGAUAAUAUCCCAGUGUUGCAAGCUCCAAGUUGAAUCUCAAGGUAAAGAUGAAAACACUAAUCCUAUAUCAACAGCUCCUGAUCCUCCCAUAAUUAAUCAACACUGGAGUCAUAUGGAGCAUCCACUAGUACACUUCCAGUUCACUACUAGUGAGAAUGAUGACAACGAAAAUAAUUAUAAGAGAAGAGAGUUGAUAUGCGAUGGUUGCAUUCAACCCAUAACUAUUUUCCAUCCAUCUUACUAUGCUUGUAUGAAAUGUGGUUUCUUUCUUCACUCCUUUUGUUCCACUAAGUUGCCAGCAGUAUUGCUAGCAGGAGUAUGUCCUGCUCAUCCCCAACAUUCGCUUCUUCUUUCCCAGAAAAACUACUUCUAUACUUUUGCAAAAUGUGAAAUUUGCUGUUACAGAACAAAUGGAUUCUACUUUCUUUGUGAGACGUGUGAUAUUAGAAUUGAUAUACGUUGUGCAUUCUUACCCACCAAGAUAAAGCAUAAAUCGCACAAGCACCAUUCCCUUGUUCAACGUCCAACCUCCAAUUUUAAAUGCAGUGCGAGUGGUUAUGAUUUUACAAGUCGUACACAAUAUGGAUGUGAAACUUGCAGUAACUUUCAUAUAGAUAUAGCAAGUGCAUUUUAUCCUGGUAGGAUGAAACACAGAUACGAUGAUCACCCUGUAACCUUGAGACAACCUCCAUUCUUCUACGAGGGAGUAUUCUAUUGUGAAAUAUGUGAAGACCAAGUUAAUAAUCAAUGGUGGCUCUAUCACUGUGAGGAAUGCGAUCAUUCUUUUCACAAUAAUUGCCUUCUUUGGGAUGGAAGUGUCAAGUUAGGAAGGAACAUUGAACUUGAUAUCAACGACCAACCACACACACUUACCUUGGUGGUGAAGUGUCGUAUAAAAAAGACCCAACCCAAGUACAACUGUAGAUAUUGUGGGAACAGCUUUAUCUGGAAUUACUUUUUGGAAUGUGAUGGGUGUGGAUAUCUUAUCUGCUGUCUCUGUGUUAGUGAAGUCAAGGCGAGUAACAAGUCCAUACACUUUUGAUGAUGGAGUGAGGUUGCCAGGCGAUUUGGGACGAGCAAAAAGGCUUGGAGAAUUUUAUUCGUUACUUAUGUUUUUGGCCUGAGAAAUACACAGACCCUCCUGGGCAGAGAAAUUGGCAAGGCAACCCACUUAUCUUCAUGUAUGGAACCCCUAUGUUUUAUAUUAUGUUCAUUAAAGUGUUGUUUUGUUUAAUGUAAUAUGAGGACUUAAAGCUGUUUCCAGUUGUAAGCCAAAAAAUGUAUGUUUCUGUAAUAAGAAGCCGACUUAAAGUAAAAAAUAA